CUUGUCGCUUGUUUGAAUGACAUGUUUGAUCGCAGCGGGUUGUGUGUGCAUUGAAUAACCCUACAGCCUUGGUCAUCAUUCGUUUGGGAGGGUGGAAUGAGAAGGGAAAGGGCUAGCUAGGCUGAAUGGUUUGGGAAAGCCUGUGUGCGUGAAAUUGUUUGAAAAAUAGCUAUACUUUGUGUCUUGUGUGCGAUCACUUUACUCCAAAAACGAUAAUUUUCAGUCUGUCAACACGAGCCUCAGAUCCAAAGAUUCCAGAAUCUUUGCGAACAUUCUAGCGCGCAACCGCCAUCUCGCGAACGUUGUUAAUCCUCAGUCUUUUCUCUUCACCUGAACUUCUGCUGGAGGUCACAUCUCGUUGAAGCUGCCAGAAGAUUAUAUAAACCUUUCGGUAUGGCACAUCUAUGGUCAGUGUCACAAGUUUGUGAAUGGCUUGAAGAAGCUGGACUAGGGCAUGCCAAGGACACUUUCAUUGGUAGGUCCAGCUGAACGGACAUGAUUUUUCAGUGUACAUUUUGGAAGGACCUAUCAGAAAAAACAAAUGAAGAUGAAUGUGUUGUGCGGACACCAGAUAUACACAGUUACCACCUACAGUGUGUAGCUGAGGACCCCAAUACAAGCUCAUUAUAUGGAGUGACCGGUCCGUGUGCUUUUAGUGAGAUACCAAACUUCAGUGUAACUAAUGCAUUUCCACCAGAUGUUAUGCACGACUUCCUUGAAGGAGUUGUUCCUCAUGUCAUAAAAUUACUUGUAAGAAGUCUUCACAGAGAAAAAAUUGUUGGUCUGCAAAAUGUUUCUGUUGCUCUGGCAGGCUUCACUUUUGGACGGAAUGAUUCUUCUAGUAAGCCUGCUCCAAUUUCUGAAAGACUUGUUUUAGAUGGUAGACUUGCAGGGAAAGCAGUUGAAAAGUGGACAUUAUUCAGGACACUUCCCUUUAUUAUUGGAGACAAAAUUCCGAAAGACAACAAGGAAUGGCAACUUUUCCUGUGCCUUAGGGAAAUUGGAGAAAUAAUAUUGGCACCUACUAUAAGUGCUAGUUGGAUCAGUUAUUUGGAGUUUUUAAUUUCCUCCUUUUUGGCAGAUUUCAGGAGGUUGUAUCCUGAUAAAAUCACUCCAAAAGUACAUUUCUUGCUUCAUUACCCUCGUCUGAUUCAGGAGUUUGGUCCACCAAGAGCACAUUGGUGCAUGCGAUACGAGGCAAAGCACCUCUACUUCAAAAAAGUUUCUGAAAGAAACUGUAAUUUCAAGAAUAUCUGUCUCUCUCUCGCUACAAGAAACCAGUUCAGGCAGUGUUGGGACUGGCUGGGCAUCAAAUUUGAGAGAGAGAAAAGCUCAGCAGUCUCGCCUUUGAAGUAUCAGGAACUUGAUAUUGCUGUUCAGGAAAAGCUCAGACUUGCUCAUGUGUCUGAAGAGGAGACAUUCUGGACCUGCUCAGAGGUCGAUAUAGACACUGUGAAAUACUCUGUUGGUGACUGUUUCAUCUUGGAUUUGUACCAGGAUGAAAUUCCUCUGUUUGUAAAGGUGACACAGAUUGUGAACGCAAGAGCAAGUUGGUUUAUUGUUGCUGAAUUCCUCACAACCUUGGCCUUUGACACCCAUCUUCAUGCUUAUCAAGUGAGCCCAACAGCAAAUCAGAUUGUGUUUAAGCCUGGUGAAGAGUUGGACUACCACAGGCUGGACUGCUAUGAACUAUCUGGCAGACAGUUUAUUACUCUUUUCCAUCGGCCGUACAAAGCAAUUGCCUAGUGGUGAGAAAAUGAAGUUGAUGGCCUUACACUCACAAAAAUGACAGAACGUAUGAGUGAGAGAAUGUUUCCGAAGAUGAAGGACCAGGUUCAGUUCAUGGCUGCUCUAGAUAAAUUGAAGUUGGGAGACAGCCAUGAUGCUGAAGUGAGAGCGGAGACGCCAGUGAUGCCAGUUUCACCAGUUUCGCCAGUUUCCUUUGAUGUCAUCCUCCCACCUUUUCUCAAUAGUGCUUUAAGUUCACAGGAUCCACAGUUCAAGUCUCAGGGGAAGAACAAACUGAAAAAUGCCCUCAUUCAGGCUUUGUUUGACCACCUCAGUCAAAAAACCAUGUAUCCCUCUCACACUCAAUAUGUUCUUACAUUGAGAUCAACCUUGAUUCGCUUCCCUUUUCUCAGGGAGAAAUAUGGCUCUGGAUACGAUGCCUUGCUCGAAUCACUUAGAAACAAAUUUAAGAAAGAAAGAAGACCACUAGUGAACUUGGAAGAAGUUUUCAAAAUGAAAGAGAAGUACUCGGCUCUCCUUGGAGAGAUGAAAAGAAUCUACCAGAUCGACGCUGAUAAAACCAUCCUAACAAAAAUGGGAGAACUUGCGCCAAAGUUGUUAGAAAAGGCACCUAAAGGUACUUUAAAAGACACCUGCCUGCAGACACUGCAGUCAUGUGAGGAUGAACAAGAAAGAAAAGCUCAAAUGGUCAAUGCAGCCAUUGUCUUGCUGCCAUCAUUUUUCAAAGAAAAUCCUGCAUUCCUUUUUGUCAACGACCAGGAACCCAUUUCUCCCACACCCACCAUCGUGAUGACCGGCUCCAACCCCCUGUCCAGCACGGAAGUAGCUGUGAAGAUGGAUGGUUGUAACAUGAUUUUAGAUGAUGGUAGCAUUGAUGUCAGUUUGGCCUUAGCUGUGUCUUUUUCUCUUUUCCAUGUCUAUCAAGUUCAUUAUCCCAAACCUCUCCGAAAGACACUGGCCUUUCUUGAGGCCUUUGUCUUUCAGAUGAAAAGUGCUGUUCCUCUGACAGUGCAGAAGCUGUUCAAUUCCCUUCACUGAGUAUGUGUGUGUGUGUGUGUGUGUGUGUGUGUGAGAGAGAUUGCACCUGUGUCUAAAUGAUCAGUUAAUUUAAUAACAACAAGACAUUGCUAUUGUGUUUGUGAGAGAGUGACCGCUGCAUUGCUAUUGUGUGUGUGUGUGAUCACACCUUGCUUUUGCUAUUGCUAUUUUGAUUGCUGUUUUAAUCAGUUGAUUAUAACGCUUUAUAUGUGUAUGUGUGCACGCAAUGGUAUAGUUGAUGAUCACUAAUGAACUUGUAAACAUAAAGAUUUUUAAUAAACAUAAAAAUGACCAAAA